AUGAGAGAGCAGAAGCAGAUCAAUGAAGAGCGCGCCUACAGCCCCGCCAACAAACCCCCCACAGGCUUGAUGGAGAUGAAGUGUUUAACUUUAAAGGAUUUGCUUAGUGUGAGGACACUAGUGAAUAAGACAGGCUCGGAUGAUACUGGCAACAUGAAUAACCAGAAAGAGAACAUCUGCAUGGACAGAAAGAAAAUGACCCCACUGAAGUGUGAGUCUGUGAACGGACAUAGGAGAGUUUCCAGCCCGGAUAUCACCCACAUAACCCCCAUUAAACACGUAGAGAGGGCCCAUCCGGACCCCUGGACCCCGACAGCCAACCUGAAAAUGCUGAUCAGUGCUGCCAGCCCAGACAUCCGCGACAGAGAGAUGAAGAAAACCCACUUCAGACCCAUUGAAAAUGAAGAGAAGGCUGUAGAUGGGGAUGAAGAGGAAGAGCUCGACGACCCCUGCCAGUAUGAAGCACUAGACGAUUCUGAGAGGAGACCCAGUCGCAAACAGAAGAGUUUGGGGCUUUUGUGUCAGAAAUUUCUGGCCUUGUACCCUGAUUACCCAGAAACCUCUGAGAGCAUCAAUAUUUCUCUGGAUGAGGUGGCCACACGCUUAGGCGUUGAGAGGCGUCGUAUCUACGACAUUGUGAACGUGCUGGAGUCUCUGAUGCUGGUGAGCAGAAUGGCUAAGAAUCUGUACGUGUGGCACGGACGCUCAGGACUGCCACAGACCCUGCAGGAUCUCCAUCAGGCGGGUCGCGAGCAGGGCUACCAUCUGCAGAUGAACCAGAGAGGGGGAAGCAGCCCGUGUGCCGCCCACCACAUGCAAAACUCGCUCGCGGCCUCCAGCAGACGGAAGGACAAAUCACUCCGUAUCAUGAGCCAGAAGUUUGUCAUGCUGUUUCUGGUGUCCAAAACACAGACCGUUACCCUCGAUACGGCUGCAAAGAUCCUGAUCGAAGAGGGUCAGGAUGAGUCCAGCCACAGCAAGUAUAAAACUAAGGUGCGACGUUUGUAUGAUAUCGCUAAUGUCCUGACCAGCCUGAAUCUGAUCAAGAAACUUCAUGUAAGAGAGGAAAAGAGCCGUAAACCCGUCUUCAAAUGGACUGGACCUGCCGAUUUCCACAGCAGCUGCGAUUCAGACGAUUUGAGAGUCUCAGAAGCUCAGAUCAGUUCCACCGGGGAACGACGGGAGAAGAUGACGCGUCACUCCUCCUUCCAGGUCAUUCCUGCCCCUUCUGUCAAUCAAAGGCGGAUAAGCUCCGCCCCCAACACACCUCACAGACGUUCUACAGACGAGCCGGUGGAUUAUUCUAGGAAGAGUGUGAACACCAGUGCAGUGUGUCGACUGCAGUUUGGAGACAGUGGAAGUCCUGUAGUGUCGUCACUGGUGGUGCCUCUUCAAGCAGAUGUGCCUUAUGCAUCACUGCCCAUUUCAGCCCAGUUCGCUCCUCACCCGUUAGCGUACCUGCCCGGUCUGCCACAAACACCCCUGCUCAUGGUGUACAGCGGACACGUCUCAGAUGCCGUCACCCACGGGUCACCCGUCUCAGGCCACAGGGAGGGACAUCUGAAGAAGAGAGAGAGACAAGAGGAAGAGGAUGAGGAUCAGACAGCUAAACGAAGCAACCGCUCAGCUUCCAUAGAAAGUGAAAUGGGUGAGACUGAGAGUCUGAGCUCCAGCGCCAGAAGGUCUCCAGUCUGCUCUCGAGAAGGUUCCCCAUGGGACGAGGCCUCGUUUGGGCCAAUAAAUGAGGAAGACGCAGGAGCACCCAGCCCUAAAGACCCCCUCCUGUCCUCUCAUUACCUCUAUGUUCCCAACACAGCAGGUCUGAACGGUUUGAACUUCCUCAUGCCAGCGGGACAUACACAGGCUGGCGUGCCAGCUGUAGCCAUGCCGUAUUUUUUGGUGCAUUCGCCACUCAUAGCGGGUGCAAUGCCCACCUCCGGCGCUGAGGGGGCUGCCAGCAGCGGUCUGAGUUUAAGCGUGCCCACCGUGCUGUCACCGGCCCGGUUUGUGAUGGCAGGAGGGGCGUUUGGUGUGGUCGAAACACUGAACAGCACUGAGCAUCAUGGGCACAGAUUACCAGCAGCCACACUCUCGCCACAGGGACCACGAGCACAAGAAAUCCCUCAGCGAGCACAAACACAGGCUCCUGUGACACCAAAGGAAGCGGCAGUGGGGUCCAAAUCUUUCUUCGAGACGCCUGGAGCCUUUGGGUCUCUCAGCACCCCACCGGCGGCAUGCAAAAGAGGCUCCGCCCAGAGGAGGCUGGACAUCGGACACGCCACAGCCAAUUAAAUUAGCUGCUGCGUUUGUGUCAUUACAUUUUCAUGCUUCUGUGGUGCUACAGUGCCAAAGACAGAAACAGCAUUACACAGCAAAAUUUGACUUGAAUUCUUUCUGAUGAAAUGAACAUUUCCUGUUUACUGAGUAGUGAACAUCAGAAUAAGAGGGCAGAUACUAGUGUGAUAUUGGUUUUAGUCUGUUACACGCCCUCUUGUGGCUGUAUUUCUGUUUUCCCCCACCACUUUUGAUAGUAUUAUUUUGGAGUUCAUUUGACAUCCUACCAGUGUAUUGCCUGAGUGUUUACAGUUAUAAUUUAUUAUAGUAUUCCAGAGGCUAAAAUCAACAAUCCAGCUCUAGCACUACAUAUUUAAAAAUGUGAAAAUGAAUUAAGUCUGGAUCAGUCUCAGAAAAAUACACAGAUCUGCUCAAUAGUAUGUUCACUAUCUCACAGGUAAACAGUUUGUAGAAGUGCCAUAUUGGUGAAGCCGACAUGCCUUAGAAAUGUAUUUGUUACAUGAUGCCUUCGCCACAGAGAACGAAUGAAUUCUGAGUGUAUUUGGGGAUAAAGAACAAAAUAAUGGUUGUAAUUGUUGACACUGGUGACGUUUGAGGUGCUACAUCUGUGAAACCAAUAGGAAACAAAGACAUACUUGAAUGACCAGUGAAUAUGAUCUGCAAUCACUGGAGCAAAGCAGAAAUAUCACAGUACUGUACUGUUUUGAAACCGAGUAUGUUUGUGUAUGAACUCUUUGUAGACUAGUAAUAAAUUAUUUUUG